AUGUCUUUGACGCAAGACACCACGGCGCCCUCGCUGGAGGAGCCAUCCAACUCGCCUGCUAUCGAUGGACCCAUUAGUCCAGAGAUAUCUGUCCGGGCGGAUGGGCAACGCAAGUCUGGAUCUUCGCGAAAGCGACAGAAGAUCAGCCUGGCUUGCGAAGAAUGCCGCGUGCGCAAGAUCAAAUGCGAUGGGCUCCGUCCCGAGUGCAGUGCCUGCAGACAGGCUCCCAAGGGCAUCCGAGCUUGCAGAUACCUGAGCGAGCCCUCCAGGCUCUCGGGACAUAAGCGUGCCAUGCAGUCGCUCCACGACCGUCUCGCCUAUCUUGAAGCCAAGCUGCGGGAAGCAGAGUCACACAAAUCGGUUGAGACAAUAAUAGAUAGCAAUAACAAGGAGCCGGACGAGGGGCCGGUAUCGAUACAAUCGCAGUUGCUCACUUUAGAUCCGUUUCCUCUUCCACGCACUCACUUCGAUACAAGCCCACCCAUCAUCGAUCCAAAUCUACUGCCUGCUGCCCAUGAGGGCCUGAAAUCUCCGGCAAGUCUAGGGGCCAAUGACAUGGGCAAUAGCGAGGGUUUAGUCUCUCAUAAUAAUUCAACUGCUGUGAACGCCAUGGGUAUUACCUGCGUGGGGUCGGAUGUCGCAACGGACACUGAUAUGAGCAGUGAGUUCUAUGGCGAGCCCUCUGCGGCAUCACUUCUUAAUGACAUCCAACAUCAUUCUCAUCGGGCGUCUAUACAUUCAACACGGGGUCGUGACAGUCUCAGUCGAUACCCUCAAACGCCCCGACACACACUUUCUAUGCACCACUCGGGAGACAAUGAUGACUUUCAUCUCCCUCCACGAUUCGUGGCCGACGAUUUACUCAAACUUUACCGCAUAAGAGUGCAGAGUAUUUAUCCAUUCCUGUGCUGGCCGAUAUUCAUGGAAGCAUACAAUCGCCUCUGGCUCUCCGACUCGAAUGUCAAAAAUAUGCCCCAGCUUACUGGCAUUGGCCUCGGAGGGCCGAACUGCUCGAUACCAGUGUUCUACUGCGCACUCAAUGCAGCAUUCGCCCUGGCAACUCAUUUCACAGAUGCGCCUGCCAAUGAACGCAAGGAGAGAGCCGCCCCGUUCGUGAGGCGUUCCCGUCACCUGAUGCGGCUUGACUUUUUGGAUCACGGAGACCUAUCCACCAUCCAAGCGCUGCUCAUUCUGGCGCGUUACCUGCAGAACACGGGUCUGUCCACCCGCUGCUGGAACGUUGUGGGAACUGCUCACCGCAUGGCUCAGGGUUUGGGUCUGCACCUUGAAGUGAAUCGCGGCGCGGCAUCUGAGCUAGAAACCGAUAUACGGCGUCGAGUGUGGCACAGUUGCGUCUGUCUUGAGACAGUCGCAGGCAUGUUAACGGGUCGGCCAUGCUCCAAUCCUGAUGUAGCCAAGGUCCCCUUCCCUGACCUGUUGGACACGGCCGUGUCUGAACCAUCGUCUCCUCAGAGGACCAACCAAGGCGAUCCAGACACCUCCUCGGCCAUGUUCUUUAAACAUGCUAUUAAACUUAAUCAAAUUCUGAAUAGGAUCCUCAAAAAGGUAUACGGUUCUUCCAGCAUGGUUGAGGAAAGCAGUUUGUCUCACGAUAAUGAGGAAUCGUACUUGGCACAACAGCUGGCAUCAAUUAUAGUCCUCGACCAGGAGUUUGACAGGUUCAAGGCCGAACUGCCCGAUUCUCUUUCCAUAUUGAAAGACACCUCUCCACCCCAUGAUGAUGAUAUGCUAGCACACCAGAGGCAUGUGCUACACACGAGAUUUCUACACAUUCGCUCAUUACUUUAUCGACCCCUACUUGUCCAGGUAUACAGAAAUAUAAAGGCGGGAGGCAAGGCAAACUGGCAUCAAACCUCGCUCAACUCGCUCAACAGAGCCUUUGUUGAGAAGUGUUCCCUUGCCUGCAUUGGCACCGCCCAAGCAUUGAUCAACCACAUCAACAUGUACCAUGCAGCUAUGGUGAUCGUUUUAGCCGACACAUGCUAUUCAGACUUACAUUAUCCGAACCAUGAAAGCUUUCACAAAUCGUGGCAAAUGUGUCAAGCCUUCUUUCACCGAAUGCUAGAGCGUGACUCUGAAGCUUCCCAAUACUUUAGAGGCCUAGAAUAUCUCUCUAGGUCGGUCGGGUCUAUGCAUGAAACAUCAGAAGAUAACGAGACGGCGUUGGAAUCCGGUGUUCUUCAGCAGUGGCAUCAAGACUUUGCCUUCGACAAUGUCCCAAACUCUUCCUUGGACCAAAUACUAACUUUGGCUGAUGGGGAGCUGGUACUGAGCAUGAAUAAUGACAUUGGUGCCGAACCCUCUGCUAAUAGCAAUCAACUAUGGACACUCUUCAAAUGA